UUUCAAAAACUCAAUCACCAAAAGUCCAAAACUUUGCUGUUGGUAGCUGCUCUAGUGUUCCCCAUAAGAAUCCCAUCCCAAAGCUCUGCUAGAUACAGACCACACGGACACAGCGAUCAAUCACCCAACAAGCUAAGCAAGCAGCGACCGAGUCAGCAGCAAUGGCGGACCUCGCGGUCGGCCUGGCCAAAUCGGUGGUGGAGGGGGCGCUGACCAAGGCGCAGUCGGCCAUCGAGGAGGACUCCAGGCUCCGGCAGAGCGCGCAGCGGGACCUGGUGUUCAUCACCGGCGAGUUCCAAAUGAUGCAGUCCUUUCUGAAGCUCGCCGACGACGAGCGCGCGCGGAACAUCGUGGUGCGGACCUGGGUGCGGCAGAUCCGGGAGCUCGCCUACGACGUGGAGGACUGCAUCGAGUUCGUCCUCCACCUCGACAAGAAGUCCCAGUGGUGGCGCCGCAUGCUCCCGCCCUUCAUCGCGGCGGCCACGCAGCCGCUCGACGAGGCCAUCGCCGAGAUACGGCAGCUCAAGGCCCGGGUCGAGGAUGUGAGCUCCAGGAACGCGCGCUACAGCCUCAUCAGCGACUCCGGCUCCAAGCCCGCCGUCGUGCAGCAGCAGCCACCCGCGGCGGCGCGCGCCGCCAUGGGAGCCGCGGCGUUCAGCAUGCUCGUCGAGGCCACGGACAUCGCCAGACGGCAGCACGGGGAUCUCACCCAGCUCAUCCCCAAGAAGGACGACGGGCUCCAGGUGAUCUCGGUGUGGGGGACGGGCGGCGAUCUCGGGACGACAUCCAUCAUCAGGAAGGCGUACAACGACCCGGAGAUCUGCCAGAACUUCACCCGCCGCGCGUGGGUGAAGCUAACGCAUCCUUUCAAUCCCCACGAGUUCAUCCGGGGAUUGACUGCACAGUUCUAUGCAAACUCUUGCAUAGAAUUACACGAAGAAGCACUCAGAGGCGUCCUGACGAGGUCGGACGCCACCCAAGGCGAUUUUCUCAGCGAGUUCGUGCGGCAAGUCAACGAUGCGAGGUAUCUCAUCGUCUUGGAAAACCUGUCCACCAUGGCUGAGUGGGAUUCUAUCAGGACUUUUCUACCUGACAAGAAGAAUGGAAGCUGGAUCAUCGUGUCCACUCAGCAAUUCGAGAUAGCAAGCUUGUGCGUGGGACAUUCGUACCAAGUAUUGGAGCUGAAGCAGUUCUCUGCUGAGCACUCGGUUUAUGCCUUCAGAGAGGGAUCUCAAGGUGAUAGAGAGAAACACGAGGAGAUACCCGCUGAGCAUGGAGUGGGACCUGCCACAAUUCUCACCUCUAAAAAUAAUGCCGCUACUGCCUGGAUGAAAAAGAACUCCAUCAUUGGACGCGAGUCAGAAAUGAAUGAGCUUCGUGAAUAUACAACCAGGGCACGAUUUACCUCUUUGCAGGUUAUAUCUGUAUGGGGAAUAGCUGGUGUCGGGAAGUCAGCUCUUCUAAAAAAAUUCUUCUGCGACAGAAUUCGUACUAAUCUAUUUGUGAAAUAUGGUUGGGUGGAUGUAUCCCAUCCCUUCAAUUUAAGGGACUUCUCUAGGAGCUUACUUUUGGAUUUUCAUUCGGAAUCACUUCAAGACAAGGAGGCUGCUCACCAUGGAACGAUAAGGUUCAAAAACCCUAUUCAAGAGUGCCGUGAUCUUCUGGAACAACAUCAUUGCCUCGUCGUUAUUGACGAUCUUCAGUCCAAGGAAGAAUGGGACUUGAUAAAAGGUGCCUUGUUGUCUAGAUCCUCUGAAAGUAUUAUCAUUGUCAUUACGACUGAUUCAAGCAUCGCCACAUGUUGCGCGGAUAAGGAAGAGCUUGUGUUUAAUGUCAAAGGUCUUCAAGAUGAUGCAGCCUCUGAUCUCUUCCACCAGGAGGUGGAAAGGAUGAAGCCGUCGUCCACCUUGAAGAAUCUCAAAAAAGAGCCACUAGAGGAGCUUACUCUCAAGUGUGGCGGGCUUCCAGAAGUAAUAGUAGCCAUAGCUGGUGUAUUGGCCAAGAAGACAGUCACACUAAUGGAUACAGUGGAUUCUACCAAUGGCAAAUUCAUGCAUACAUUGGAAACCAACCCAGAGUACGACAGUCUACGAGGUCUAUUCGGUUGGAUGUAUUCCUACUUCCGUAGUUGCCCAGAUUCCCUCAAGCCUUGCAUAUUCUACAUGUCGCUUUUCCCCCGAGAUCACAGCAUUCGGCGGAGACGCGUGGUGAGGCGGUGGGUCGCAGAGGGCUACUGUCGGGAUAGUGAAGACAAAUCGGCAGAGCAAAAUGGGGAGGUGUUCUUCUCCAUGCUCCUCGAUCUGAGCAUAAUACAGGAACCGUCACAGCUAGUCAACACCACAGUGGGAGACACAAGGAUGAUCGCAUGCCGUGUCAAUGGCUUCAUCCGUGAAUACAUCGUCUCACGUCGGAUGGAGGAGAACCUUGUCUUUGAGCUGGAGGGCUCCUGCAACGUGACCACCCAACGAACCGGUCGUCACCUCAUCAUAAGGGAUAGCUGGGACAGGGACAAGAUUGUGUUUGAGAGCAUGGACUUCUCGAGGCUACGGUCAUUAACGGUAUUUGGGGAGUGGAAACAAUUCUUCAUCUCCGAAAGCAUGAAGCUGCUCAGGGUGCUUGAUCUAGAGGACGCAUCAGGCAUAAAUGAUGCGGAUCUCGAGCAGAUGUUGAAGCAACUCCGUCGUCUCAAGUUCCUCUCACUGCGCGGAUGUGGUGAGAUCCACCGUUUGCCAACCCCGUUUGGUCAUCUGCAGCAACUCCAGACUCUCGAUAUCAAACGCACCUCCAUUAUGAAGCUGCCAGGGAACAUCACCAAGCUGCAAAAAUUGCAGUAUAUCCGUGCCGGCACCUCCGUCCUGGCAGAGGAAUCAUUAACACCAUGUCUUUCAGUGCCCAAAUUCUGCAGAUCUCGUGGCCAAGUUGGUGUUGUGGUGCCUGGAGGGAUUGACAAACUGACAGCGUUGCACACGCUUGGUGUUGUCAACGUCGGUGCAUCAGGGGGGAAGGCCAUCCUUAAAGAGCUCGAAGAUCUGACCCAAUUGCGCAAGCUCGGAGUGUCUGGUAUCAACAUGAGAAAUAGCAAGAAGUUUUCCUCUGCAAUCUCAGGUCAUGUCCAUUUGGAAUCCUUAUCGGUGCAGCUGGACAAUGACAGUGAAUGUUGCUUGUCUGGCAUCAAAUUGCCUUUGAAGACACUGCAGAGUCUGAAACUGCAUGGGCCUGUAGAGAAGUUGCCAGUUUUGGAGGUCAGCGAGCUUAAAAAGCUGGUAAAAUUGGAUUUGGAAAUGACCACAUUGACAGAGACUGACAAAAGGCUCAUCGGGGGUCUACCCAAAUUAUGCACUCUUCGUAUCAAGCUGCUGCAAGAUAGUCAGCUCGGUUUUUGUAUCACAGAUACUCGAAGUGGCCUUGAGUUGCCCACUUAUGAAAAGGUCAAGGUCCUCGAGAUUGCUUCCUGCUCCAGCUUAGAAGUUACUUUUGGAGAAAACACAAUGAAAAGUCUUGAGCUGCUGAAGGUUCACUGCUGCAGUGGGUCUUCAGUGAAGUUCUCCGGCCUGGAUAAUCUAACUGAACUCAAGGUAGUCUUGCUUAAGGGUUGCUGUGACGACGAGCUGAAGGAAGAGCUGCGGACCCAACUCAACGGUCAUCCAAAGAAACCGACUCUGAAGCUGGAGGCAUAACCACGUUCGUCCUGAUGGAUACUGAUCUCUGAAUGAUAGAUACCUGCACCUUGGCCUAUUGUUGGAUUGGAUCAACGGCCUCCAUCUUGGGAUCUUGUGAGAACUCCUGUUUUUGGUAUGAAUCAUAUUUACUGCUUGUACUUGAUGUGAAACCAUGCAAUCUAGCUAUCAUGUGGCUCAGGGGUGAGCUGCAAGAGUUGACUUGAGGUAUGUGCUUGUACCAUUAAUUAAUUGUCUAGUUUUUGCAUCUUAGAGAAACAAGAAUUUGAGUUACUUUCCUCGUGGCUUUGCCUUGCAAGAUUAUAAAUUGCUGAUGUGAUGCAAUAAAUAUUAUCUCAGUGCAUAUACUUCUAAAGGAAAAAUACAUGAAAAAGAGUUACCUUGAGGUACCUGCAUUUCUAUUUUCUUCUUUGACAUGAUAAUUGGCAUGCAUCUUAGAUGAGCAUUGUUAGCAAAUUAGAAUUGUAUUAGCAAUUUGGUUUCGUCCAUUCUUAUCUGUAGAAAAAGAGUUACUAAUCCUGCUAAUGUGAGUUCUCUGAUUAUUAGAGUAUUUUGUCUCAAGCCUGCAUAUCGUGUCGAUAUUCUGAAAAUGCACAUGAAUCCUGAAUAGUAAUGCGCCAAUGCUCUGCAUCUGGAACUACUUUUAAAUGAAUAUUUAUGCAGCACGGACCUCAGUUUAAAUGUUAUUUAUUUCAUUUCGUGAGCAAGUAUCAAACCAGAGGCUUCAUAUAUUUUAUUUACUCCUCAUCAUAACGCUAUGCCAUGCAUGCAAUUAAGAUUUUGGUAGACGUUGACCUACAGAUUUUGAUAAUGAUCUAUGGUGUCUACAUUCCUAGCAGAUCUUUUUUUUGCAUUCCUAGCACAUUUUAUUUUGCUAUGUCAGGUUGGAUUAUUCAAUCUGUUCCUUUUAUUUUUCUGGUUAAUAUUAACAAGUGCUGUUGAGUUCAUUUGUUUAAGUACAUGGCUUAUAUAUUUAGUCAUGGAUGGUGCCGGCCUAGAGCUAGGUGAUAUGCUACUGAUGUUCGCAUAAUCGGAUCAUAUUGUGCAGUUUCUGUAAUGUAAUCACAGUUGAUAUGCUUUGGUUGGUUGACACUGGCCUGUAACAUACUUAACCUUGAUGAAGUAUGCCUAUCUAGCCAUAUAUGAAUCUGAACUCAAGUGUUGUAUGCAUUUAACUUAGUCUUUAAGGACGGGCUUAGUUAAAUUAUAAGUAUGAUCCCUAGUUGCAGUUACUUGCAUACUAAAUUUUACAUCUGCGUGUAUUUCUAGCUGGAGAUCCUCUGGCAGCGGCAGCGUGGUUUCCGGCGUUCGGCGACGAGCACGCCAUGACUUCUAAUGUUCUUCAAACUACAUAACACUGAGUUUAUGGCAGCGGUUGCUCAUCUGUUGGGUCGAGCAUUUAUUUAUAUGUGUGUUCUUGUUCGAGAAAAUUUGUUUGACAAAAUUGCAUGACACUGAGUUUAUGUUAAAGACAGAGUUUUUAAUUUACUGAUUGUCCAUUAUCA